CCUGCUGGGAAGCCCGGUUGGGCUCUGAAGUUGGAGGUUUCUGGCUCUGAACAGCGAGGAAAGAGUUUUUUUUUCCUCCUAAAAUUUGGACUGCUGUCUGCACAAACUCCAGUCUGUUUUGCACGGUUUGUGUGCCUUUUUUUCCCUUUAUGCAAUCUUCUUCAGCUUUAGCAGCAGAAAUUGGUCUAGCUGAGAAAGCAAGCCCAAGGGUGGCUUCAGAAGGAAGAUGAUCCCGUGUGUUCUGCCUCUGUAUCUGAACUUUUGAAGGGGACACUCCAGCUCGAGGGAUUUUUUCUUAAAGCCUUAAGUUACUUGAAAUCUGUGUAUUUGCAGCCCUUUGUGUCUGGAAUCACAUUACACUAAACUGGAAUCUCAGGCUGAAUAAGAAGAACCAAGUGAAAAGAACACUCAGUUUCUUUAUCACCACUUGUCAACGAUGCUCUUUCUCCAAAGGGUCACCCGGCUCUUCCUCUAAGGACUUGAAAAUAAAAAUGGACCCCACGUUUUUUUUUAAGCAUUAUCUUUUCUUAGCAGACUGCCAUCAUCUUUUAUAGAGGAAUUUUUCACUAUGCAUUUGGUGGAGCUUUAUAAAAUACUGACCUUUUAAUUAGAACGAGGUCAGUUUCAAUUAAAGGGGGUCAGGCAAAACAGCGCAAGCCAACAACAGAAAUAAUACCACUCAGUGAGAGCAAUUGGUUUAAAUUUUUCGGCAUUCAGCCUUGCUCUUUAAGUAAAACGGUUCUUCCAAAAAAAGUAUGUAUGCAGCGGUGGAGCAUGGGCCUGUCCUGUGCAGCGACUCCAACAUCCUCUGCCUGUCCUGGAAGGGCCGCGUCCCCAAGAGUGAGAAGGAGAAGCCCGUGUGCCGCAGGCGCUAUUACGAGGAGGGCUGGCUGGCCACGGGCAACGGGCGCGGCGUCGUCGGGGUGACCUUCACUUCCAGCCACUGCCGCCGGGACAGAAACACUCCACAGAGAAUCAACUUCAACCUGCGGGGCCACAAUAGCGAGGUCGUGCUGGUGAGGUGGAACGAGCCAUACCAGAAGCUGGCCACGUGCGAUGCGGACGGCGGGAUAUUCGUGUGGAUCCAGUACGAGGGCCGGUGGUCCGUGGAGCUGGUCAAUGACCGAGGGGCCCAGGUGAGCGAUUUCACAUGGAGCCACGAUGGGACGCAAGCACUUAUUUCAUAUCGAGAUGGGUUUGUCCUGGUUGGUUCUGUCAGUGGACAAAGACACUGGUCGUCUGAGAUCAACUUGGAAAGUCAAAUCACCUGUGGCAUAUGGACGCCUGAUGACCAGCAGGUACUGUUCGGCACCGCCGACGGGCAGGUGAUCGUCAUGGACUGCCACGGCCGGAUGCUGGCCCACGUCCUGCUGCACGAGUCGGACGGCAUCCUCAGCAUGUCCUGGAACUACCCCGCCUUCCUGGUGGAGGACAGCAGCGAGAGCGACACCGACUCGGACGACUACUCCCCGCCCCAAGAUGGUCCGGCAGCGUACCCCAUCCCGGUGCAGAACAUCAAGCCCCUGCUCACCGUCAGUUUCACCUCUGGAGACAUCAGCCUGAUGAACAGCUACGAUGACUUGUCUCCCACCAUCAUCCAGUCGGGGCUGAAAGAGGUGGUGGCCCAGUGGUGCACGCAGGGAGACCUCCUGGCAGUUGCUGGUAUGGAGCGCCCAAGCCAGCUCAGUGACCUCUCCAGUGGCCCCCUUCUGAAGAGUGCCAUGGUCAAGUUCUACAACGUUCGUGGGGAGCACAUCUUUACCCUGGACACGCUUGUGCAACGCCCCAUUGUCUCCAUCUGCUGGGGACACCGGGACUCACGGCUGCUGAUGGCGUCGGGACCAGCCCUGUACGUGGUGCGCGUGGAGCACCGGGUGUCCAGCCUGCAGCUGCUGUGCCAGCAGGCCAUCGCCAGCGCCCUGCGUGAGGACAAGGAUGUCAGCAAGCUGGCCCUGCCCCCCCGCCUUUGCUCCUACCUCUCCACUGCCUUCACCCCCACCAUCAAGCCCCCAAUUCCAGACCCCAACAACAUGCGGGACUUCGUCAGCUACCCGUCGGCCGGCAGCGAGCGGCUGCACUGCACCAUGAAGCGCACGGAGGAUGACCCGGAGGUGGGCGGCCCGUGCUACACGCUCUACCUGGAGCACCUGGGCGGGCUGGUGCCCAUCCUCAAGGGCCGGCGCAUCAGCAAGCUGCGGCCCGAGUUCGUCAUCAUGGACCCACGGACCGACGGCCGAUCAGAUGAAAUCUACGGAAACAGCUUGAUUUCCACCAUGAUUGACAGCUGCAACUGCUCAGACUCCAGUGACAUUGAACUGAGUGAUGACUGGGCUGCCAAGAAGUCUCCCAAAAUCUCCCGAGCUAGCAAAUCACCCAAACUCCCAAGGAUCAACAUCGAGGCCCGGAAGUCCCCCAAGCUGUCGCGCGCUGCUCAGGAGCUCUCCCGCUCUCCUCGCCUGCCCAUGCGCAAGCCGUCCAUCGGCUCGCCCAGCCUGGCGCGGAGGGAGUUCCCCUUUGAAGACAUCACUCAGCACAACUAUCUCGCUCAGGUCACGUCUAAUAUCUGGGGAACCAAAUUCAAGAUCGUGGGCUUGGCUGCUUUCCUGCCAGCCAACCUCGGUGCAGUAAUCUACAAAACCAGCCUCCUGCAUCUCCAGCCGCGGCAGAUGACCAUCUAUCUCCCGGAAGUUCGGAAGAUUUCCAUGGACUACGUUAAUUUACCUGUCUUCAACCCGAAUGUUUUCAGUGAAGAUGAAGAUGACUUGCCAGUGACAGGAGCAUCUGGUGUACCCGAAAACAACCCGCCCUGUACCGUGAACAUCCCCAUUGCCCCCAUCCACAGCUCGGCUCAAGCCAUGUCCCCCACGCAGAGCAUCGGGCUGGUGCAGUCCCUGCUGGCCAACCAGAACGUGCAGCUGGACGUCCUGACCAAUCAGACCACAGCCGUGGGCGGUGCCGAGCACGCGAGUGACAGUGCCGCCCAGUACCCCGUGUCCAGCCAGUACCCCGUGUCCAGCCGCUACUCCAGCCCCGGCCAGGUGAUCUUCGGAGGCGUGGAGGUGGGCCGCGGCCUCCCCAACCCGCCUCAGCUCUCCCUGCCGCCGCCGGCCCAAGGGGCCAUCCAGCUGUCCAUGCUGGACCACAGCGACCGAGACCACGAGCAUCUGCAGAAGCCAGCCAAGGCCCUGCGGCCGGUGCCCCAGUUGGCCACCGAGGGGGAUGCGGUGGUGUUCAGUGCCCCCCAGGAGGUCCAGGUGGCCAAGAUGAACCCCCCGCCCCCCUACCCCGGAACCAUCCCUGCUGCCCCUACCACGGCGGCACCGCCGCCCCCGCUGCCGCCCCCACAGCCCCCGGUGGACACGUGCUUGAAGAAGGGCGACUUCUCUCCAUACCCCACAGCGGCACACUACCAGCCACCCCUGGGCUACGAGCGGAUCACAACUUUCGACAGCAGCGGCAACGUGGAGGAGGUGUGCCGGCCCCGGACGCGGAUGCUCUGCUCGCAGAACACCUACACGCUGCCCGGCCCGGGCAGCUCGGCCACGCUGAGGCUCACGGCUACCGAGAAGAAGGUCCCGCAGCCAUGUACCAGCGCCACCCUGAACCGCCUGACAGUCCCGCGCUACUCCAUCCCCCCGGGGGACCCGCCACCCUACCCCGACCUCGCCGGCCCGCUGGGCCCCAGCCGGGGCGUGGGGCAGAGGCCAGACGGCGGCCUCAUCCACGCCACGCUGCGCAGGAACAACCGCGAGGCGGCUCUCAGGGCGGCGCAGCUGGCGGAGCCCCCGCGGCCGCCACCGCACCCGCCCAAGCCCAAGGGCGCAGCGCCCUUCCCCGCGCGGCCACCGCCCACGCUCUACACCUGCAGCCAGUGCAGCGGUGCAGGGGGCGCGGCGGGCCGGCCCGACCCGGGGGCGCAGCCAGGCGCCAGCCUGGCACACGCGGCCAGCACCUCUCCGCUGACCUCCCAGUCGUCCUACAGUCUCCUGGGCGCGGCUGAAGGCGCCCGAGAGCGUGCCGACUACGUGAACUCGGCCUUCACGGAGGACGAGGCGCUGGCCCAGCACUGUCCGGCCGACAAGCCGCCAAGGCACCCGGCGCUGGGCGAGGCCGCUGUGGCCGUUAAGCGGUCACCCCCUUACCAGUGGGACCCCGUGCUGGGGGAGGACGUGUGGGUCCCUCAGGAAAGGACAGCCCAGAGCACGGUGCCCAACCCCCUGAAACUGCCCCCUCUGAUGGUGGGUCCAAGCCAGCACCUGGACGUGUCCCGAGUGCCCUUCGUCUCCCCCAAGGCUCCCACCAGCCCUGCUGCCACUUUCCAGCCUGGCUAUGGGAUGGGGGUGCCCUACCCGGCCGGCUACAGCACCUCCCCACUGCCGGGGGUACAGGCUCCCUGCUCCCCGAAAGAUGCCCUGGCCCCAGCGCAGUUUGCCCAGCAGGAGUCCACUGUGGUUCUGCAGCCCGCCUACCCGCCCAGCCUGGCCUACUGCACCCUUCCCCCCAUGUACCCGGGAAGCAGUGCCUGCUCCAGUUUACAGCUACCCCCUAUCGCCUUGCACCCUUGGAACUCCUACAGCGCCUGCCCGCCAGUGCAGAACCCCCAGGGCACUCUCCCCCCCAAGACACACUUGGUGGUGGAGAAGCCCCUGGUGUCGCCCCCGCCCACCGACCUCCAAAGCCACCUGGGGACAGAGGUGAUGGUGGAGACCGCAGACAACUUUCAGGAAGUCCUCUCCCUGACAGAGAGCCCGAUCCCCCAGCGGACAGAGAAAUUCGGGAAGAAGAACCGAAAGCGGCUGGACAGCCGGGCAGAGGAGGGCAGUGUUCAGGCCAUCACCGAGGGCAAGGUGAAGAAGGAGGCUCGGACGCUGAGCGACUUUAAUUCCCUCAUCUCCAGCCCCCGCUUGGGGAGGGAGAAGAAGAAAGUGAAGAGUCAGAAAGACCAGCUGAAGUCGAAGAAGCUGAAUAAAACGAAUGAGUUCCAGGACAGCUCAGAGAGCGAGCCAGAGCUCUUCAUCAGCGGAGAUGAGCUGAUGAACCAGAGCCAGGGCAGCAAGAAGGGCUGGAAGAGCAAGAGGAGCCUGCGGGCGGCCAGCGAGCUGGAGGAGUUCAAGUGCAGGAAGGCCAGCGAGAAGGAGGACGGCAGGCUGGGCAGCCAGGGCUUCGUGUAUGUCAUGGCCAACAAGCAGCCGCUCUGGAAUGAGGCCACCCAGGUGUACCAGCUGGACUUCGGGGGGCGGGUAACCCAGGAGUCGGCAAAGAACUUCCAGAUCGAGCUGGAGGGGCGGCAGGUGAUGCAGUUCGGGAGGAUCGACGGCAGCGCGUACAUCCUGGAUUUCCAGUACCCCUUCUCUGCCGUGCAGGCCUUCGCAGUCGCCCUGGCCAACGUGACUCAGCGCCUCAAGUGAGGGGGCUGGUAUGGGCAGGAGAGAGAGGCCUGAACUGACAGAGCCCCACGGCCUCGGGGUCCGGGGCCCAGAAGAUGAGGGCAGAACUGGAAACAUCUCUCAGGCCCAGGAGAGGGCACUGACCUUUCGUCGUUAUUUGUUUGGGUUUUUACUAUCCAUUAUUGUCUUUUUUUUUUUUUUCCUUCUUUUUAAACAAAAGUAAGAUACAGGAGAAUGGCAUUUGGAACCAAAGGGUGUGAGGCAGCUGGUGGUGCUUGGGAAGCAAGGCUGCUGUGGGAAUGGAUGUCCUCCUGGGUUUGUUUCUGUCGGCCACAGGCCGGGGGGCCCUUCCAAGGGAAGGUCAGCCGGCCUCCUGCCUGGUCGUUUUCCUCCUCUACAACGUCCAGCUUUUAUUAUUCCUCCAACAUCACCACUAGCGUAAAAAAAAAAACAACCUUUGAAGAAAAACUCAACCGAAGAAUCCUGAAGGUACAGGUUCUCUUGGUGGGGCACCGUUUAAUUCACACGUUAUGUUAUUCCCCACCCCCUGAGGUGACUUGAUUAAUGAAGGGUAUUUUGGCAAAUGCACUGUGUUUGACUAAUAAAAGGAGGCUUUUUUCCCGGGGGGUGCUGUUGCCAGGUAUAAAAGGAUGUGCUCGUGAGCUGACAGGGAAGGAUGACAGGAGGAAGGGACUCCUGCGGGUGUGUGCGAGGUCCAAGGGCCACACUCAACAGCACAUUUACAUUGACGCCUCCAUUAGAUCCCCAGUGUGUCAGAAUUCCGUCGGCUCAGCGAUCCUUCCGGCUGAUCAAGCUCCCCACGUGGUGGGGGCCACGGUUUCCUGGGCUGCAGGGAUGUGUCACUAGAGGCCAAGAAGUGGGGCUUCCCUCCCUCUCCCGCUCGCACCGUGGGAUCUGGGAACCCCAGCCGACACAGUAUUUUUCCCGUUAGAUAACACUGUUCUGUACUUUUUCUUCCUAAAAAUGCUGACAGCACUGAUUUGAAAGUACUCCUUUCCUCUUUGGGGCUGUAUUAAAAUUCAGUUGGCUAGAGACGUUUUCCAACAGAUUAGAAAUGUAACAAAAAAGAAAAGAUGUUAGGCACUUGCCAGGGUGUGAAAAGAUACAGUUAUAAUCAGUUCUUUGACAAGAGCCCCACCAACUUCUCUAGGGGGGAAAAAUUGUUUAUUAACUGUACAGACUGUUUACUGAGAUGAUAAACCACUGGGAGAACAUGGUUAAAGUUACAGAACCUACCGAAGUUCCUUGACUGUUGCUUGCAACAACAAAAUUGUUGCAACAAUUGCAACAGCAAAAAUCCAGAGAUUAUCUUUCCCCAUCUCCCUCUCCUAGGGGACUUGCUGGGCCAUAUUCAGCCCUGCUCAUAACAUGACCCAGUUCAUGUUUUUGGUUACUCGUAUCUGUGAGAGUAGGGCAGGAACACAGGAACUGUCUGCUGGUUUAGGGCCCUAAACGUGGAUUUUGUUUAAAAAGAAACAAGUGGAAGAUACUGCAAAAACAUAUUUUCAAAAUAAAAAAAUUGGUUUUCAGUCUUCUGUUUUAGUUUAAAAAUUGGGAAGGAAACAGGCCCACUGAAAGAUGACAUCCCCUUAGCAUUUUCUCCAGACCCUGAAGAAACACAGGUGAGGUUUUAAAUAUGGUGAAGGCCGUCUCCCCGCUAUUACCAGAGGUUCCCAUAUUUUGAAAUAUUGAGCCUGAUUCUUUGGUGGGUAAAUUUUUCCAGAAAGAAUUUAGCUGUGUACUCAGAAUUACAUAAUUCUUUUAUAUGAGUUUGUGUAGCUUAAUAUGAUGUUUCAGUGCUUAUUAUCAGUUGUGCAAUAAUGGUUAGAGCCUAUUUCUAAAUAAUU